UUUUGUCGAUAAAUCCGCGGAACACUAAUCAAGCAGCAACUGUUUGUAAAAUUCUUUUAAUUAUUUAUUAAAACAAUUAGAAAGCAAUAGAAAAUGGCCGCUAAAGUAGCAAGCACCGCGAACAAAGUGUUCCAGAACCACGAUGAUGUACACAUUUCCUUUGAGGAUCAGCAGCGCAUCAAUCGCUUUGCCAAGCACAAUGCACGCAUGGAUGACCUGAAGGUGGAGUUGGACGUGAAGAAGAACGAGCUCAAGUGUGUGGAGGAGGCACUGGACGAGAUUGAGCUGUUCGAUGAGGACGAGGACAUACCCUUCCUGGUCGGAGAGGUCUUUCUGUCACACAAGCUGGGCAAGACGCAAGAGCUGCUGGCAGAGACCAAGGAUAUGGUCAUCAAGGAAAUUGCCAACAUUGAGGCCAAGGCCAAGGCAAUCAAAGUGGAAAUGGAUGAUCUCAAAGCGCAUCUCUACCAGCGCUUUGGCAGCAAUAUCUCGCUGGAGAAUGACGAUUAGACUCCAGUCUUCAGUUGAUUACAAUUCUCUGGCAUUUACCAUUUACAAAAUAGAGUACAUUUAAUUUAAAA